GGGCUUCCUGGGAGUCACGUGAUCUAAACGGAUGAUGGCGGGCGCCGCGGAAGACCUGCGUGUGCUCUUCGGAGCUGGCAUACGCGCUGCUCUGGAAGCUUGGCCAGCUUUACAGAUCGCUGUGGAGAAUGGCUUCGGGGGCGUACACAGCCAGGAGAAGGCCGAGUGGCUGGGGGGUGCAGUGGAGGAUUACUUCAUCGCCAAUGCUGACUUGGAGCUGGAAGAGAUAGAAGAUUUUCUUGGGGAGCUGAUGACCACUGAGUUUGAUACAGUUGUGGAAGAUGGGAGUCUGCCCCAGGUAAGCCAGCAGCUACAGACCAUGUUCCACCACUUCCAGAAGGGUGAUGAGGCUGCUCUUCAGGAGAUGACUUCUCACAUCAACCAACAAAAGUGCAAAGUUGCGGCUACCCCAGUUAAGACAGCCACAGAAACUGAUGUGGCUGAAGAUGAUGUGGACAGUGUGGAAGAAAUGGAGGUGACAGCUACUAAUGAUGGGGCCACAACUGAUGAGGUCUGCCCCCAGCCUCAACCCUCUGAUCCAGACCCCCAGACUAUUAAGGAAGAGGAUAUAGUUGAAGACGGUUGGACCAUUGUCCGGAGAAAGAAAUGAGCAGGGCAGUACAUGUUUUGGGCCCUUGUUUGUUAGGUGUUACGAGAGACUUAUAGGAGCUGUUUUGUGGAGGGGGGCUAUACACCUUUGUUCUGGAAACUGUAUCCCUUCUUUGUUCCCCUGCCCUUCCCUUCAGGGGAAGAAAAGCCCUAGAGUCCUUGGUUAUGGGGUUUAUGGGACCUAUUCCAGUCCCUUGAAUUUUAAAGGUACCACAUGAGAGAUGAGAGCAGGUUUCCCAGCAUAGUGCAGUGAAUGUGAAGAUGGGUCAUAAGUGUGGAUGUGGUUGGAGACCAGGCUUGUGGAAAGUAGGCAGGUACAUUUGUUGAAAGGACUGGAAUUCCACAGUGGUAGGCUGGCUGGAUUGGCAAUCAUGAGAUAAACAUACAGUUGGAAGAGAGAGGGAUAUUGUAGUCAUCUCUACAUUCCCCAAUGUCCCCACCCUAGCCUCCCACAGAGCAACCCUCACCCUGGCCAGAAUUUGCAUACUCCUGGGAAUGUUCCCCACUUGAAUACCCUUGAGAGUUUGAAGGAUUCAACUAAGUGGUGAACUUGGGAAAGUUGGGCUGUUUAAAAGUCCAGGGAUGAGGCUUAAGACCUUAAUUACAUAACACUUUCUUGUUUAAUCCGUGAUUUAGCCUUGGAGUCAGCUUUCCAAGAGCUGAGCUUCAAAAUUCGUUAAGAGUAGUUUCUGCAUCUUUCCAUCUCCCUUAGUAGCCUGGGACUUUGGACAAACGGACGGACCAUAGCAGUGCUCUGAAAGUUACUGUACGCCUGAAAUAAACUGUAUUUUUCUUUAAAAAACAGUAUCCAUUGUCCUCCCCCCUCCCCCAUUCCCGUCCUGCCCAGUGGCCCUGCCAUGGAUCUGGACGAUAAAAUACUGGAUUGCUUUGGGGCUAGGUAGAAGCUAUAAGCCAUGGGAAAGGCAAGAAGGGUCUAGUCACCACCCCAUGUAAAGUCAUACAUGUGAAGACACUGGCUGAAGAGGAAAGUGGGGGCAGGGGUCCCAGGGUCAGUAGCAGAACUGGCACUUGAAUCCAGGUCUUCUGCCUCUGGUACUUUUGUGGGGAAUUGGGUGGAUGUAGGAGCUGUAGGGGUACUUGGAGGAAACACACUAAUUCAAGUGAGUCUAGCAAUUAGCUCCUGCCCUCCCUGGGAACAGGGAUUUAAAAAUUAACAUCAAUGUAGGAAUAAUUUUUUUUAAAAAGCCCACAUUUUGUGAAAAGAUGAAUUAAAAAACCCAAGACCCAGCAUUCGGGAUUGAAAGUGCCCUUGAUGGGAAUUCAAGUAUUGACUGCAUUGGGAGUGGGCUGGAGCCCCCAAUUGGACAUGGGCAGCUGGAGUGUGGGGCAGGAACUCCCAGUUACCCCCAAACCCUCUAGGUCUUGUCUCGGGUCUGGGAGGCUUCAGGGGGUUCAGCAGUGGCUCCUGAGGCUGCCACUGAUGUCUCCUCCAUCUCCUUGUCCUCAGACAGUGUGGGCCCUGGGCAGAAUGUGUCCCCACGGCCCGCCCUGCCAAGCACAGCCAUCCAGCGCCGCUGGAGUUCUUCUGUCUCUGGGCUGAAGUACCAGCUUAGGUGGCUUUGUGUGAUCUUGAAGACAUGCCUUCUGUCUGGCCGCUCCCCUGCCUCAGGAGGCCCCACCUCAAAGCCAAUGAGGGGCAGGCUGCGCUGGGCUUUCACAUCCUGGAGAGAGGGGACAGAGAGCUAGUGUCAUCUAGGGGCUAGACAGUAUCCUCUGCCUAGUCAAACAAAUUUGUUCUGUUCUGCUGUUUCCCUCUGCUGAAGAACACUGCCUUCACUGUAAUGAACAGGAAGAUGUCUGAACUGGGAAUAGAAGGCAGGCUAGUUUACAUGGCUAUCUCCUCCCAUGCCCAAAUCAACUGCUAGUUUUUACUAUUAUAGAUUCAGUCCUUUGGCUAGUUCCUCUGUCUGCCUAUUCUGUUCUACUUAGUGUCAGACCUAGAGAUGCCUGUUUCUACUCUUGUUUUCUCCAGAAAGCCAGACUUCCCACCUCACCCUCAUUUUCCCCAUACCUUGGCCCCCAAACUCUUCUACCUACCUACUCUGUCACAUAAGGAUAGGGGUUUUAAUUUUCCCCUUUGCUAGUAGGCUCACCCUGUCCUUGAAGGACAAGGCAUACUGGAGAGGGGCAGCCCAGCUUUAUUAGGUGGCUAGAAAAACCUGAAGGAGUGGGAUGCACACCUGAGGGGCUCCAUAGAUGUACAGCACCAAGGGUUCAUUCUCAGGAACCACAAACCAUGCCUUGUGCCAUCCUUUCCCACCCUUCUCCAUGUAGUGCAGGAAGCUGCAGAUGACACUGUUCUCAGCAGCCACGGAGGCCUGUUUCUGUAAUCAGAGACACAGGACAGGGUACAUCAAUGUUGAUGGAAGGCUUUGCUCUUGGCUUAAACAGCCCCAUAGCGUAUGAACUAUGUCUCAAACAAAGGUAGCCAAGCUAUGCAAAUCAUAGCUGAAACGAUUUAGCCUUUGUCACUGCGAUAAGCAAAGUGAGGCUUGGCUGCUGACUAACAACUAGUAUAAGGGCUGUGCAGAUCUCAGUGGGGACAGUGAAAUGCUGGCCAGAUGCUCUUCACUCACAGCUAACCCUUUUUUCAUCUUUCAUUAUAUACUCAUUGCCUGCUCUGAGAAAGUCCUAACGUUGUGAUUAAUGGGAUGAGUGGGUGGUUAACACCAUCUGUUUCAGAGUCCUAACAAUAGAUGAAAAUGCAGGACUUGUGAAAAAAAGCACAGAGGGUGUUUAUGAGAUUGAAAUUAGCAUAAACAAGGCAUUUAAAAUAGUUCUGGUACAGAGUAAGCUCCCUUACAUUUGGGAUACCUUGGUUUUAUUUAAAAUAACAACCACCCCAAAUAUGUGUAUAUUUGUGGUCCUAAAAAGAUAGGAUCAAUAUUAACAGUGGCAACUUCUGGGUAAAGGAAUGUCUUAUGUUCUUAUCCUAUUUCAUAAUUUUAAAAAUGCACUUGGUUCAUUAAAAAAAAAAAACAUAUAGGCCAGCCUAGGCUAUGCAGUGAGACUUUGUCUCAGAUAAAAUGAUACCUAGAAGUGUUUUUCUGGUUGUGCAACUUCGUCAAAUAUCCUCUCUGGCUUUAGUUUCCUCAUAUGUAAACUAACGAUAAGGGUAUGGGCUGAUGAGUUACUGUUAGAGUUAAGUGUAUAAAGUUCCUUAAUAAAGAUUAUCCUUUUAACCCUU